ACGUUAUAUAUUUCAACGAGUACAUAGAUUUGUGAUGAUCAGGCCCACGCGAAUCUUCUGUCCUUGAUUGAACAGUGUGCAAACAACCUUAGAGAGGUGACUUGAUCAGAUCUCACAUAGCCAUCUCAAAAUGUUUAAAAAGUUUGAUGAGAAAGAGAGUGUGUCAAAUGUGCAGCAGCUUAAGUCAUCUGUCCAGAAGGGCAUCAGAAACAAGAUCUUAGAACUGCAUCCUCAUAUAGAGAACUAUAUGGACCAGAUUCUGCCAAAGAAGGAGCCUCUGAGAAUACUUAAAUGUCAUGACCACAUAGAGAUUUUGAUAAACAGCGCGGGAGACUUGUUGUUCUUCCGUCAGCGGGACGGGCCGUGGAUGCCUACCCUGCGUCUUCUGCACCAGUAUCCGUUCCUGCUGCCGGCGCUGCAGGUGGACAAGGGCGCCAUCCGUUUCGUGUUGUCGGGCGCCAACAUCAUGUGCCCGGGCUUGACGUCGCCCGGUGCGCGCAUGACGCCCGUGCCCGAGAAGACGCCCGUCGCCAUCAUGGCCGAGGGCAAGCAGCACGCGCUGGCCGUCGGCCUCACCAAGAUGUCCACUGCCGACAUCACGAAAAUCAACAAGGGCAUCGGCGUAGACAACUGCCACUACUUGAUCGACGGGUUAUGGAACAUGAAGCCUGUCAAAUGAGGAAAAUGACAUCCGAGUGCCCUCUGCACUGCCGAAGCGUCGCUGUGACGUCACUAUGGCGGCAGCCUCUUCAUCACCGACCUACUGCGUCUUCUGACAAUGGCUGUCUCAGAAGCCGUCAACCGACCGGAAAGCAGAAGAGCCGGUUGGUUGUGACGCUGGUCUGCUACCACCGAGACCCAGCUGGUGGGGCUUGUUUUUAUUUUGUGGAGAAAUAUUUAAUAAACCGCUUGAAGGAAA